AUGGGCACGAAGUGGAAGGAGACGGAGCAGACAAAAGAGAACGACGGUGACAGAUCACACCAGGACUCAGCGAGUAUUGCUGAUGUGUCCGUGGAAUUGGCCACCGUGGACCACACCCUCCGGAAGCUGCGCAGGAUGUACAGAAAAACGAGGCGGAAGCCCAAAGGACUCAAGAGGCUGUGGGCCUACCUGCUGAACGUGCCUCACAUCACAACCAUCACCGCGGCUGUGCUGUUUGUGGUGGUGGUGAUCAUCUGGUCGCUGCUCUGGGUCUUUAUCUUCCGCAGGGAAAGCUACAGCGGAGCGUAUUUUGCCGGGAUGUUCCGUGUUGCCAACGUGGAGUUCAUCCCAGAGUACCGCCAGGCGGAGUCCCAUGAGUUUCUCUCUAUGGCAACCAAAAUUCAACAUGUGGUGAGCUCUGUGUACAGGACGUCCUCAGUGGCCAGACUCUACAAGCAAGCGGUCAUUUCAGACCUCAGUAACAACAACAAGGGCGGAGUGUUGGUGCAUUUCUGGAUGGUGUUCAUCGUCCCCCAGAUGAAGACCGUAGCGAUGCGGGAAGAUUUCAUAGAGGCCAUUCUCAGAGACUCAAUCAACACCAGCCUGAAGAACCGGUCUUCUGUGGGCUUCCUGCACGAACUUCCAGUUGACAUGGACUCCAUCCUCAUCAACGGAGUUCAGCGUUCAGACUACUCAUCAAACACAGCAGACUCGCAGUGCGUUGAUAAGCUGUACGCCAACCUCCCCGGAGCCAGCGUCCCGCUAAACGUCUACUCUUCGUGGGGAGGUGUGAGCUGCCACGUGAAGCUGACUGCAGUGCCCGGCUCUCUGAUCCGCCUGACCGUCACCUCUUUCCUCAUUGAACCCACUGACUGUGUGAACGACGCCCUGACUGUGUACGAUGCUCUGCUGCCCAUGAGAGGGCGCAUUCUGCACAGGCUGUGUGAGCCGGUGUCCAGCUUCUUCUCCAUCAUCUCUACCUCCAACGUCAUGCUGCUGUCCUUCAGGAUGACCAGUGGCAACAAGAGCUUUAAAGGACACUUUGAAGCCAUUGCUGAGGAAAUCUGUAUGUCUCAAAUUGAGACCAAGUUGGAGCCUGAUAUCAGUGGUCGACUCUACAGCCCAUUCUACCCGAGCCUGCUGCCUCCACAGUGUUCCUGUAGCUGGAGGUUUAAGACUCCAAAUUCUAAGUUAGGCGUAGCUCUGCAUUUCGAGAACUACGCGUUGAAACCUACGGACAUAAAAGGCUGCGAUAGUGGCUGGUGGAGGGUCAACGAAGUCAUAUUCUGCGGCAUGUACGUAGGACACCACACCGUGUUCCGGAUCCCCGACCACAGUCCACAGGUUGAGUUUCGCUGCAGCUCUCCUAACUCUGUUCAACCUUUCCAGGCUUCAUACCACAGUUACAACAUCAGCCAGCCAUGUCAAGAGGGCCAGUUUUUGUGCACAACUGGACUCUGCGUGGAGAAAAGUCGACUUUGCGACGGCCUGGAUGACUGCCAGGAUGAGAGCGAUGAGGUCUUCUGCUCAAGACCCACAGUAACCUGCAGCACUAAAAGCCCUCCACAUCCUUUGUUUGUGUGUAAUGGAGAGAUGGACUGCUCUGAUGGAAUCGAUGAGAUAAACUGCACACAGGAAACUAGCUGCUCGGCGAUCAGAUACCAGUGCAGGAGCGGAUCCUGCAUCCUGAAGAAAAAUGCAAAGUGUGACAACGUCGCCGACUGUCGGGACAACAGCGACGAGGAUGACUGUGCCUGUGGUCUCCCCUCCCCGCUGAGGAAGGUGGGCUCUACGACAGGCCUUGACCGGAUUGUGGGCGGGGUUAACUCACACGAGGGGGAGUGGCCUUGGCAGGUCAGCCUUCACUUUGCAGGCAGUUUGUACUGUGGCGCUUCUGUCCUCUCCUCUGAUUGGCUCGUCUCAGCUGCCCACUGCUUCAGAAAAGAAAGCCUGUCUGACCCUCGCUCCUGGAGUGCCCACCUCGGCAUGCUGACGCAGGGCAGUGCCAAACAUGUUGCAGAGAUCCAGAGGAUCGUGGUGCAUGAGUACUACAAUGCAUACACUUUUGACUAUGACAUCGCCCUUCUGCAGCUGAAGAAGCCCUGGCCUCCAUCCCUCUGGCCGCUGGUCCAGCCUGUGUGCCUGCCCCCCUCGUCCCACACCGUCACAGACACACACCGCUGCUUGGUGACCGGGUGGGGAUACCGAUCUGAGGAAGAUAAGGUGCUGCCCUCUGUGCUCCAAAAGGCUGAAGUGUCCGUAAUGAGUCAGACUGAGUGCAAAAAGAGCUACGGUCCAAUCACCCCACGAAUGCUGUGUGCCGGCCUCCCCUCCGGAGAGAGGGACGCCUGCAGGGGGGAUUCAGGAGGUCCUUUGUCCUGCCAGGCCUCAGAUGGGGGUCGCUGGUUCCUCAUAGGGAUUGUGAGCUGGGGGUCCGGCUGCGGCAGACCAAACCUGCCUGGGGUCUACACCAGGGUCACCAAGUUCACCUCCUGGAUCUACAGCCACAUCAGCUGACACGAUCAAACCCAUGUAUCCUGCUCAUUCAUUAAUAAAACACAUAUAACACA